GAGAGUGAAAGCGCGCUCCCGAGUAAACACUGCCACGAAACAAAUACAGAGGCAUAUCGACUGCGGGUCCGAAGGAGCGGCUGGGAAAAAUCCCCAAAAUAUUCGUCCGGGAAAAAAGCUCGACAGACAUUACGGUGGCGUCAAUACAGGGAUACGGUGGGAGCUGGCGGACUCAAGGUGUAGUCAUGAACGUAAAGGACCACGUUAGUAUGCAUCCACCCAUACCAGCGGCUCCAAAGUAUUCACCUUUACACCACCGACACCAUGAUCGGGGAGCCGAGAUGAUGAGACGGCAUUGCAUGAGCAACGCCCCGAGCAAUCUCUUCGGAGGCUUAGAGGAGGGGCUCCUAGCUCGCGCGGAAGCUCUGGCGGCAGUUGAUGUCAUGUCCUCAAUGGUCAAGAACAACCAGCCCCACAUGAACAUCAAGAAUGACCACGUCUCCAACUACUCUCCUCAUCACAUGAACGGCGGGAUGCAUCCGGCGUCCCACCACUACGGCAGCGGCACCUCAUGCGCCUCCCGCUCCAUCCACGGCCACAUGGAUCACGGCGAAUUCCUGGAUCCGAUAUCGGCGACAGCCUCCCUGCCCGGCUCGACCAAUACUAGCCUGUCUGGGGCCGACAUGCAAGGGAUGGUGGUCGCCCCACCCCACCAGAGCUUUGCCGCCAUGUCAGGCCAGCCUGGCCACUUCAACACGGCCCACAGCAUGAUGUCGCACAACAUGACUAUGCACGACCUGGACACCGAUCCCCGGGAGUUAGAAGCGUUCGCUGAGCGCUUCAAGCAGCGCCGGAUCAAGCUGGGGGUGACCCAGUGCGACGUGGGCAAAGCGCUCGCCAACUUGAAACUGCCCGGGGUGGGUUCGCUCAGUCAGAGCACGAUAUGCAGGUUCGAAUCCCUCACGCUGAGCCACAACAACAUGAUCGCCCUCAAGCCCAUCCUGGCUGCCUGGUUAGAGGAAGCAGAGGCCGCCGCCAGAGACAAGAGGAACUCGACGGGAAUCCUCAACAACAUGGAGAAGAAACGCAAGCGCACCAGCAUCGCGGCACCGGAGAAGCGGUCCUUGGAAGCUUACUUCGCAGUGCAACCUCGGCCCUCCAGCGAGAAGAUUGCGGCCAUAGCUGACAAGCUGGACUUGAAGAAAAACGUCGUACGGGUGUGGUUCUGUAACCAGAGGCAGAAACAGAAACGCAUGAAAUUCUCAGCGCAACCCAGAUGAGACUGCUGUAAACAUGUAAACUAUAUUUAUAUCAUAGAAACAGUAAUAACAGUGAAGACGCCGCCAUGAUAAACUUUGACCUUUAAGAAAAUAGAUCAAUCAAUCAAUAUCACGCAGGUCGCCCCCCGCACAUGGACAUGUUAGCGAAAAGAUACAAACUAAAGCAAGGCCAACUUCUCCAUUGAAUUCCCGAACAUUGAAAUUCCUGGAAAGUGGGGAAUCGUUGACCACUGAACGUUUACGUUUCUUCAAGGGCAGCUUUUAGACUCUAAUUUGUCAAAACCAAGGGCUUGGACCGGGCUGAUAAACGGGCUUUUGCUCAUCAGUCAUUUGAUUACGGCUUAAGCACUGGACUACAUUUCUCAUCGGUUUUCCAUCUUUUUGAUUCACGAGGCCGAAAAUCUGGCCAUGUCCAAAUUACACACAACUCUACUGGAAGGGGCUGCAAACACUGCCAUAGACCCGUGCGUAACAUCAAGUCGCAGCCAAGUAAUUCAGACCGCCCUAUCUGCCGUGAUCGUAUAGCCAUGUUCCACCGUACAGUGUGGAGUGGUAUCUAAAGUGAUGUGAUAAAAAAAAGAACCUCUGUCUUUUUCUUCCAUAAAUUCCAACCUGUUAAAGGUUACACAAAAAAGUGCUCAUAGACAAUUCAGUUUUGGAGCUCCUUUCAACUUGCUCUCCACUUCUUUAAUGACAAACGCCCUCUCCCACUUUUAUUGUGCUAAGUUACAUAUUUGCUUAUGUGUAAUUAUUCACUCUAUCCGAUGGACGAGUCGGAACGCUGAAUAUUUUUCGCCGAAGACAAACUUUUCCUUUCUUCUGUGAUACAUCGUAACUUGUUGCUAAUUCGCUCCUUGAAAAAAUGUUGCAAUCGAACAAAGCAGCUUUAAUUAUACAAUGAUUUUUAAAGGAAAAAUUGUAUUCCGUUAGGUCAUAACAGUGCAGAGCUGAAGAGGUUAUUAUUAAACAAAUAAUGUAGAAAGU